UUGUUCAUGACUUUAUUACACAUCACUCAUACUUGUUCUUCAUUAUAUAUCACUCAUACUUGUUCAUGGCUUCAUUACAUAUCACUCAUACUUGUUCAUGACUUUAUUACACAUCACUCAUACUUGUUCUUCAUUACAUAUCACUCAUAUUUGUUCAUGACUUUAUUACACAUCACUCAUACUUGUUCUUCAUUAUAUAUCACUCAUACUUGUUCAUGGCUUCAUUACAUAUCACUCAUACUUGUUCAUGACUUUAUUACACAUCACUCAUACUUGUUCUUCAUUAUAUAUCACUCAUACUUGUUUAUGGCUUCAUUACACAUCACUCAUACUUGUUCUUCAAUAUGUAUCACUCAUACUUGUUGA